AUGCAUUCAGGGUCAGGAAUGAGUACCAGCUGUGCAGUGAGACUCAGCUUCCGGCUGAAACAACGGCCUCGCACUGGCGGCCACGACACGGCGCAGGGGGGACAGGGCGGGGUCAGUAACGGCUUCAUCAUCAUCGUCCCCCUCACCCAGGAUCUUAUAGCAGAAGGCGGCAAAGGCUUCAAGUCGUCACCAGAGCUGAAGCAGCACCGGUACAUCCACACCGGGGAGCGCCCCUACACCUGCACCCAGUGCGGCAACGGCUUCACCCAGUCCUGCAGCCUGCUGCAACACCAGCGCACCCACACCGGCACGCGGCCCUACACCUGCGCCCAGUACGGCAAGGGCUUCACCUCCUCCAGCAACCUGAUGAAGCACCAGAGCACCCGCACCGGCGAGCGUCCCUACACCUGUGCCCAGUGCGGCAAGGGCUUCACCUCCUCCGCCAGACUGCUGGAGCACCAGCGCACCCACAUUGGCGAGCGCCCCUACACCUGCGCCCAGUGCGGCAAGGGCUUCAAGCAGUCUAGUCACGUGCUGCAGCACCAGCGCACCCACACCGGCGAGCGUCCCUACACCUGCGCCCAGUGCGGCAAGAGCUACACCUCCUCCAGCGGCAUGCUGGAUCACCAGCGAACCCACACCGGCGAGCGACCCUACACCUGUGCCCAUUGCGGCAAGGGCUUCAUCCGCUCGGACAGCCUGAUUAAGCACCAGCGGACCCACACCGGCGAGCGCCCCUUCAUCUGCGCCCAGUGCGGCAAAGACUUCACCCAGUCUAGUCACGUGCUGGAGCACCAGCGAACCCACACCGCCGAGCGCCCCUACAUCUGCGCCCAGUGUGGCAAGGGCUUCACCCAGUCCAGCAGCCUACUGAGGCACCAGCGAACCCACACCGGCGAGCGCCCCUACACCUGCGCCCAGUGCGGCAAGGGCUUCAUCCAGUCCAGCAACAUGAUGAAGCACCAGCGCACCCACACCGGCGAGCGCCCCUACACCUGCGCCCAGUGCGGCAAGGGCUUCGCCCAGUCCUACAGCCUGCUGUUACACCAGCGCACCCACACCAGCGAGCGCACCUACACCUGCGCCCAGUGCGGCAACGGCUUCACCCAGUCUAGCACCCUGAUGAAGCACCAGCGCACCCACACCGGCGAGCGCCCCUUCACCUGCGCCCUGUGCGGAAAGGGUUUUACCCGUUCCUCCAACCUGCUGUCCCACCAGCGGGUGCACACCGGCGUCCAUCCCGUCACCAGCCCAGUGUGUGAAGAGCACUUUGUCCUGUCUCACCGGUGUGUGCACACCAGUGGCCAGCCCUACGACUGUCCAUACUGCGGUGAGGAGUUUGACAGCUCGCGGGGGUUGCGGCAGCACCGGCGGACCCACGCCGGCGAGCAGCUGCUCCCACUGUGA